UAACCAUAUAAAUUCUGGAGAUAUCUUCAGAUUUGGCAAUGUCAAUCAUACUUCCGCCUUUGGAUUCAGAAAUUAUGCCAACUUUUCUCAGCACAUCAGACAUGCGAGUGGAACCUUGAUUCUCGGGAGCAGAAGACGUCAUGUCGCGGCUGAUUUGAAUCUCGCGAGUCACCUGCUGAAUGUCAAUCGCAUCGAUCUCGAAUUAAUGUGGCUCGCACUCAUGGGGAGGAAAACCCUGCUUCAGGGGUAAUUGUGAAUUCAACUUACACUCGGGGAAUUCUUCCGACAGAACGCGUGGAAUGCCGCCGCCUGCCGUAGAAGAUUUCGUCCAAUUUGAAUAAAAGCUCGACGAGAUUGGGCCACCAGUUGCAUGCCAAUGAGCCUCAGUCAGCGCCAUUCAGCAUAAAUAGAUGCCAUCUUUGAUGGAGAGGCACACUCACCAUGGAUCUUCUCAAGAGGCACCUGCUGCUCCUGGUCAUCGGAGCUUACCUGUGUGUCAGCGCCCAGGCCACGAUCACCAUUCAGAAAGCCAAGCCAGCGCUGCCGGAUCCCAGCCAGCUGCUAGCCAAGCUACCACCAAAGCCGGACUUUCUCAAGGAUCCCUCCAAAUUACUAGCAAAAAUCGCGCAAUCCAAGCCAGCUCUCCCAGACCCCAGCCAGCUGCUCGCCAAGCUGCCGCCCAAGCCCGCCUUCCUGAAGGAUCCCAGCCAGCUGCUCUCCAAGUUCGUGAAACCAAAGCCUGUGAUCAUAAAGCCGGUGAUUGUGAAGCCGGUGGUGGUGGUCAAGCCCGUGGCGGUCGGUGGAGGUGGCGGUGGUGGGGGUCACGGUCACGGACAUCAUGGACAUCACGGACACCAUGGCAAGGGCAAGCUACAACUAUAGAUUUCUUUAUAGAGCAGUAAGAAACAGGAAGGUGAAUUAUAAUUUAAAUAAAUGUAUACAUCUGUGACAAGUUCAUCACUCGGCUUUCAA